AUGGAGGAAUUUUACUGUAUCUUUUGUGCUGAAAUCGUAACCUUCCGCCAAGAGGCCCUACUCUGCGGCGGAUGCGACAGAUGGAAACACCAUCGUUGUUACACUGGCGUUGACCGAGCCACAUAUCGACAGGCAGUAAGGACCGGCCACGACAUUUUAUGGACUUGCAUCUAUUGUACAGACGAGACACCAGUACCGGUUGCUGCUAGUUCGAUGAUCAAUACAGGUAUAUAAUUGAAUCUUCCAUCGAAGAGCCUCUCAUCGGAGACGACAUGGCGUCCGAGAACCCAAACAAUCAUGUAACAUUCCAGCUAGUAGAAGAAGGGAGUAAGCGUCGCAAAACGAAACUAGUGGACAGCUUGGGAUACAGCUACAACGUCAGAUCCAAACGGUCUUACGCAACUUAUUGGCAAUGCACGGUUCGUCCUCGAGGAAAUGCUUGCAAGGUUACGGUAAUCCAACGGGACGGAACUUUUUAAGCGGGGACCAACGCCCAUAACCAUUCUUCAGAACCAGGGGCAGUGACAGCAGCCAAAAUCGUGAAGUUGGUAAAAGAGAAGGCUCUGGAGGAUAAGUUCAAGCCGGCCUCAGCAAUAGUGGAAGAGGUAUUUAAAUUGCACCUUACGGACUUACAAGUGAACUGAGCUAAUGGGAAAUUUUCGAAUCCGAAGUUUUCUAAUUCCUAAUUUUCUCUGUCGUAAAUGUUUGACAAUUCAAAACAUUCUACAAACUUUUCAAAGACUUUUCAUUUUUGAGAAAAAUAACUGAAAGACGGUCAACUUGAUAAUUGUUAAGCAACGUUUUUUAUUUUCCUUCUUUUUUUUUUCAGGUCUUGUUGAAUGAACUGAACGCGGGUUGUCCAGCACUCUCUAAGCCGGAGCAUAUGGCUCGAGCUGCGAACCGUUUACGGCAGAGACUUCGCCCGGAGGAUCCAAAGGACCUCGACUUCGAAAUAAUGGAAGACUGCAUUCCGCAAGGGUUCUUCCAGGCAGAAGUUUACGUCAAGGAAAGAAGGCAACUCAUCUUCGCUACAGACGAACAACUUACGAUCCUCGCAAAAGCCAAGUCUUGGUAUCUUGAUGGUACUUUCAAACUUGUGCGCAAACCUUUCCAGCAGCUGGUA